UCAGAUUUAGCUGCAUGAAAAUGUGUAUUUAUAUGUGUACCAUUGAACUCAUUGGCGCACAUAUAAAUACAUUUAUAUUUGUAGCAACAUGCUAAAUGACUGUGUUUUUAGGGAAGUGCACUACAUUUUAUUUGCAGUAAGCUCCAUGCGUUUUAGUUUUACAGUUCAUGGUUUUAAAGAUUUCCAUUUGAGUUAUCCCAAUCAGGUAAAAAUUGCAUUGUAAGCCUCAACCUAUCCUUAACCUCAAACAGGUCACUGUGGAUGUAUUUAAGAGCUAAAUACUAUGCUUUGCACCACCAUCACCAAAGCACCAAUUUAGGGAAUGUUAUUUUGGAAUAAUGGAAGUCCUUCCCUUCAAAAGAGUUUAGAGACUUGAAGAAUCAAUCCCAGGGUGUUGUAUGUGGAUAGUUAAUAUUGGCUCAUAGUCCUGCAUUUCUGGAGCUGGUCUCACACAGAACAAGUGUGUCUUUAUUCCUUGAUAAGCUGACAGGAAGUCUGUUUUUCACUGACAAGGCUACUUCCUUUUGUCAGCAUAAGGCAUGUUGUAACAAUGAUAGUUAAGUGAAUAGGGAAUGAGAAGACUGUGUCACAUCCUUGUUGUCGUAGGAUGGAUGCUGACAACAUGAGUGAUCUCCAUGAGGAGGGAAAGAAUGCCAUCAAUGCCCCCUUGCUUCCCUCAGGCACAGACAUCCAUCCAGAAGAUACACUGCUGGAGGAAAAUGCUGAGAGGAUCAUGUUGGACCCAACAUCAAGGGAAAAUCCUAAAUUUAAAGAUCUCUUAAAGGUCCUGAUCGACUGGAUCAACAGUGAGUUGGAGGAAGAGAGGAUCAUAGUCAAGGACCUAGAGGAGGACUGUUAUGAUGGACAAGUAUUCCAGAAGUUAUUUGAAAAGUUGUCAGGCAGAAAGCUGAACGUGGCGGAGGUGACGCAGUCAGAAAUUGGCCAGAAACAGAAGCUUCAGACGGUGUUAGAAGCUGUCAACGAUGUGCUGAGGCCUCAUGGCUGGACCGUUGAGUGGAGUGUAGACUCUAUCCACUCAAAGAACCUGGUGGCUAUCAUCUAUCUUUUGGUGGCUCUCGCUAUGCACUUCCAGGCCCCAAUCAGGCUGCCCGAGCACGUCUCCGUACAGGUGGUGGUGGUCAAGAAACGAGAAGGCAUCCUACAGACAGCUCUAAUGACCAAGGAGCUGACGAGCACCACAGAAAUGAUGAUGGGAAGAUUUGAGAGAGAUGCAUUUGACACUUUGUUGGAUCAUGCACCUGACAAGCUUAACGUGGUAAAAACGUCACUCAUCACCUUUGUGAACAAACACCUAAACAAGCUGAAUCUGGAAGUUACUGAGCUGGAAUCUCAGUUUGCUGAUGGAGUUUACCUGAUUUUACUGAUGGGGCUGCUGGAAGACUAUUUUGUCCCACUGUAUAACUUCUUCCUCACGCCUGAGAGUUUUGAGCAGAAGGUCCACAAUGUGGCAUUUGCCUUUGAGCUGAUGCAGGAAGGAGGCCUAAAGAAACCCAAAGCCAGACCAGAAGAUGUCGUCAACCUGAACCUGAAGUCCACCCUCAGAGUCCUUUACAAUCUAUUCACCAACUACAAAACCUCUGCAUGAGCUUUUCCUGUCUUUAACGCCUGGCAUUACUCUGAACACUGCCCUGUGCCUGCACUGAUAUUAUACAUUACAGUCUGGACACUGUAGGAGACCAACUGGGACUGAAAGUCAUCAUUAUGUGGGACUUAAAAAGCCCCAGGGGGUCUAGCCAGAAAAAAGGCUCUGAACGCUAGUAUUUAAUCUUCCCCAAAUGUCAGUAUUUAUUUUUCCCUCCUCGAAUGUUAACUGCAACCCAGGAAACUCUGCAACCUUUAGCCCUGCAUUUGAAUACAUAGCAAUCACGGGGAAAUGUUAAAACUGGAAAACGUUUGUGUGUCAUACUGAACUCAUUACGCUCCGUCGUAGAUUAUUAUAAAAAAUUAUAAAAUGCUGUAAUAUAUUAUCAAGUGUCUCAGAAUGCUUUUCAUAAAUAUGAAUGUAAUCAUUAGCUAUUUUCUUUGAAAAGAAUUUGAUGAGUAUAUCGGAAAUUUUCGUGUCCAUAAAAGCCAGAAAAAUUACACAUUUUCUGUUUAACCUUCACAAAAAAAACAGUUUUAUGUAGAAAGUUUGGUCUGUGAGGUUUAGGAGAAAGGUUUCAAGUUGACAACAUAUUGUCAUUUAAGGCUAAAUAUAGAACACCCUAUAGUAAAAUACACCGAAACUGAGAAAAUUACCUAAAAAUGAAGAAAAUACAUCCAUGGUGCCUUUGAAUAACCUUUAUAUAAUCCAUUAUUUGUUCUUGUAUAAAGUACAAAUAAAAAUUUGUCAUUAAACAAUACAGCAUACUGUAAUUAUAUAUAAAUUAUAUUUUGUUUUGAAUAUUUGCAGUCUGUAGAUGAUAAAACUUUACAAUUAAAUAGCUCAAAUUGUUUGAAUCCAA